AUGCCUGUUGUAAAAAAACCAAGAACUAGAGAGCCUCUCUGGCAUGAAUGGGACCGGAAAGCACAGAAACAUGGAUUAAGACACACAGUUUAUGAUGUAAACGGGGAUAAGUACACUGGAGAAUGGCAGGACAACUUGAAACAUGGCAAAGGCAUCCAGAAAUGGAAAAGCACUGGAGCUAUUUACAGUGGUGACUGGAAGUUUGGGAAGCGCAAUGGUUAUGGCUCAUACAGCAUUCCUGACCCUGUAACCAAGCAAUACAAGAGGGUGUACACAGGCUGGUGGGAAAACGACCAAAAAUGUGGCUAUGGGCUGAUGAUCUACCCCAAUGGGGAGCGCUAUGAGGGUGAGUGGAGCGCUGAGCUGCGCAGCGGCUGGGGACGGAUGAACUACCUGAAUGGAUCCAUCUAUGAAGGACAAUGGCUGUUGGACAAGCCCCACGGGCAGGGAACACUGCAUCUGCCCAAUAAAAAUCGAUAUGAAGGAGGCUGGAAAAAUGGGAAAAAGCAUGGCCCAGGGAUGUAUUUCUACUUGGAUAAGGGGCAGCUCUUGGAAGGUAUCUGGAAAUCAGAUAUACCAAAAUGUGGACUAGUGAUUGACUUCAACAGAGAUGAAGCUCCUGCCCCUACUCAAUAUCCAAUCCCAAAGAUCGAACUGGCUGAUCCAGAUGGUGUUUUAGAAGAAGCCCAGGCAAUGUUUGACGACAACCAAAACGAAGAACCGGAUGCUGAAGGAAGAGAAGAUGCGUGA